UCGAAAGUAGCUUCUCCGUCCUAGGAACCUUGCUCCGUCUUUGCUUCUCGGAGGCGUCGUCGGCGUGCCCAUCUUUGCGAAUUCAUCGCUCCAUCAUAAAGCACGCAAUCGAGGAGGAAGAAAAAAAGAAGAUCCGACUUUUCCAUAAAUGGAGGAUUCGAGGUGAAAAACAUCCAGAAAUGGCAAGGCGUUCGCCGCACUCCUCCGCUUCGCCUCGACCCGGUUGAUGACUCGCCCGAUUCGCCCCCUGCAAGCCAUUCUCCUCUCCUCUCCUCCUCUCUCUUUUUCUAUUGCCAGAGCCUCCCGCUCCCCCCACCCGCGUCUCAGAUUCGCUUCGCCGCCCUCCAGGACCGCCCCCAGGCGGCUCAGCCUCUCCUCCGGCGUCCCUCCCGAGAACCGCCCCGGCUCCUCCGCCGCGACCAGGCCGCCCGCCCCCUCCGCCGCCUCCGCCAUGGACCCUCGCGCGCCGGAGCCCGACGCGAAUUCCGCGGAGGACUUCGUCCACAUCGAGGAUCCAGAUCCCAACGUGGAGAGCCUGAGCGAGAGCUUCGUUGGGGUCGAUGUCGUGAGGGAGGACGACGGCGGUGGCGAGGAGGCUGAUCAUCGGAGCGACGGCGACGGGGACGGGGACGGAGAUGGCGGGGGAUUCGAUCGGAGGAGGACGCUUCCCGAGGAGCUCUCCAGGAGCGUGGUGGUCCUCACGUGCGAGUCCUCGGCCGAGGGCGGCGGCGGCACGUGCGAUGUUUAUCUGGUCGGGACGGCCCAUGUCUCCGAGGAAUCCUGUAGAGAAGUAGAAGCUGUGAUCAGUUACUUGAAACCACAGGUGGUAUUUUUGGAGUUAUGCCCGAGUCGAGUGGCCGUGCUUACACCGCAGAAUCUGAAGGUACCUACAUUUGGAGAAAUGGUCGAAAUGUACAAGAAAAACCACAAUGCAUUCGGAAUCCUUUACAGCUGGUUCCUUGCCAAGGUUGCUAAUAAGCUUGAGGUCUAUCCUGGAGCUGAGUUUCGUGUAGCAUUUGAAGAAGCAAUGAAGUAUGGCGGCAAAGUUAUACUAGGUGAUCGCCCAGUACAGGUUACCUUACGAAGGACAUGGGCAAAAAUGCCACUCUGGCAUAAGACAAAGUUAAUAUAUUCCUUACUUUUCCAAGCAGUCUUCCUCCCGAGUCCCGAGGAUCUUAAUAAAAUGCUGAAGGACCUGGACGAUGUAGACAUGCUGACUCUUGUGAUUCAAGAAAUGAGCAAGGAAUUUCCCACCCUAAUGGAGACACUUGUUCAUGAGCGAGAUCAGUACAUGUCAUCCACUUUGCUAAAAGUUGCUAGAGAACAUAGUUCAGUCGUUGCGGUUGUUGGCAAGGGCCAUCUUGGGGGUAUCAGGAAGCAUUGGAAGCAGCCUGUGGUGUUAAAGGAUCUUCUGGAAGUUCCUUCGAAAAAGCCAGCUGUUUCUACCUUCAAAAUGCUCUCGUCUGUGGGUGUCACGGUUGCUGGGGUGGCCAUCCUAUCUGGUAUCUACUUUGGAUGGAAGAAAUGAAAUGUGAAACAAUUCUGUUGGAUAACCUUUGAGGACUAAUUUACAUGUGACAACAUAAUUUAAAUGGAUGCGGCACAGAGGAAAUUGUGUAUAAUUAAUCUUCAUUUAUUGAAUUUUUUU